UUCUGCGCGGCCGUAGAUUUCAGCCAAGUGCGCCUGCGCAUAAGAGUAGCGGCGUUGAGUCAGGCAGUCAGUGGAGGAAACUGCGGCAGCGACACUCAGACCUCGCCAUGAAGACUCGCUUUAGCACCAUUGAUCUCCGCGCGGUACUCGCGGAGCUGAAUGCCAGCUUAACAGGAAUGAGAGUAAACAAUGUUUAUGAUGUGGAUAAUAAGACCUAUCUUAUUCGUCUUCAAAAACCAGACUUUAAAGCUACACUUUUACUUGAAUCUGGCAUACGAAUUCACACAACAGAAUUUGAGUGGCCUAAGAAUAUGAUGCCAUCUAGUUUUGCCAUGAAGUGCCGAAAACAUUUGAAGAGUCGGCGAUUGGUCAGUGCAAAACAGCUUGGUGUGGAUAGAAUUGUAGAUUUUCAAUUUGGAAGUGAUGAAGCUGCUUAUCACCUAAUCAUUGAGCUCUAUGAUAGGGGGAACAUUGUUCUUACAGAUUAUGAGUACCUAAUUUUGAAUAUCCUGAGAUUUCGAACUGAUGAGUCAGAUGAUGUUAAAUUUGCUGUUCGUGAACGCUAUCCAGUCGAUCAUGCUAGAGCUGCUGAGCCUUUGCUUACCUUGGAAAGAUUGACUGAAAUAAUAGCCAGUGCACCUAAGGGUGAAUUAUUGAAGAGAGUUCUUAACCCAUUACUUCCCUAUGGACCAGCUCUCAUUGAACACUGUCUUAUAGAAAAUGGAUUCUCUGGAAAUGUCAAAGUGGAUGAAAAAUUUGAAAGCAAAGAUAUUGAAAAAGUACUUGUUUGUCUGCAGCAAGCAGAAGACUAUAUGAAAACAACAUCCAACUUCAGUGGAAAGGGGUACAUCAUUCAGAAAAGAGAAAUAAAACCAAGUUUGGAAGUCGAUAAACCAACUGAAGACAUAUUCACGUAUGAGGAAUUUCAUCCUUUCUUGUUUUCUCAACAUUCACAAUGUCCAUAUAUAGAAUUUGAAUCAUUUGACAAGGCUGUGGAUGAAUUUUUUUCCAAGAUAGAAGGUCAGAAAAUAGAUUUAAAAGCUUUACAACAGGAAAAACAAGCAUUGAAAAAAUUAGAUAACGUCCGAAAGGAUCAUGAAAACCGAUUAGAAGCUCUUCAACAGGCUCAGGAAAUAGACAAACUUAAAGGAGAGCUCAUAGAAAUGAACCUACAAAUAGUUGACAGAGCCAUUCAGGUUGUUCGAAGUGCUUUAGCCAACCAGAUAGAUUGGACGGAAAUCGGGUUAAUUGUGAAAGAAGCCCAAGCUCAAGGAGACCCUGUUGCAAAUGCAAUUAAAGAAUUAAAACUACAAACAAAUCAUGUUACAAUGCUACUAAGAAAUCCAUACUUGUUAUCAGAGGAGGAAGAUGACGAUAUUGAUGGUGACAUCAGUGUUGAAAAAAAUGAAACCGAACCACCAAAAGGAAAAAAGAAAAAGCAAAAGAAUAAACAGCUGCAGAAGCCUCAGAAAAAUAGGCCAUUACUUGUUGAUGUUGAUCUCAGCUUGUCAGCAUAUGCCAAUGCCAAAAAAUACUAUGAUCACAAGAGGUAUGCUGCUAAGAAAACACAAAAGACUGUUGAAGCUGCUGAAAAGGCAUUUAAAUCAGCAGAAAAGAAAACAAAGCAAACCUUAAAAGAAGUCCAAACAGUUACCUCUAUUCAGAAAGCAAGAAAAGUAUAUUGGUUUGAGAAAUUUCUGUGGUUCAUUAGCUCAGAGAACUAUCUAAUUAUAGGUGGACGAGAUCAGCAACAGAAUGAAAUAAUUGUGAAAAGAUACUUGACAACAGGGGACAUUUAUGUACAUGCUGAUCUUCAUGGAGCUACUAGCUGUGUAAUUAAGAAUCCAACAGGAGAACCCAUUCCCCCUCGGACCUUGACUGAAGCAGGCACAAUGGCACUUUGCUACAGUGCUGCUUGGGAUGCACGAGUUAUCACUAGUGCUUGGUGGGUGUACCAUCAUCAGGUGUCUAAAACAGCACCAACUGGAGAAUAUUUGACAACAGGAAGCUUCAUGAUAAGAGGAAAAAAGAAUUUCCUUCCUCCCUCAUAUCUAAUGAUGGGGUUUAGUUUCCUCUUUAAGGUAGAUGAGUCUUGUGUUUGGAGACAUCGGGGUGAACGAAAAGUCAGAGUGCAGGAUGAAGACAUGGAAACACUGGCGAGUUGCGCAAGUGAACUCAUAUCGGAAGAAAUGGAUCAACUAGAUGGAGGUGAGAGUAGCAGUGAAGAAGAUAAAGAGGAAUCACACGAAACUCCUGUGGAAAUGGAACUCAUGACUCAGGUUGACCAAGAGGAUGUCACUAUUCAGAGUGGUGGGGAUGAGCUAACUGAUGAACUACUUCAGGAAGAAAGCUCUGAAGAUGAAGGAGAAUCUGAAGAUGUAGUAAAAGAUCAGGAACCUGUUGGUGAAAUGAAGGAUGAAGGGGAAGAGACAUUAAAUUAUCCUGAUACUACCAUUGACUUGUCCCACCUUCAAUCCCAGAGGUCCCUCCAGAAAUUGGCUUCAAAAGAGGAAUCUUCUAAUAUGAGUGACAGUAAAUUACAGAGCCGGAGACAUUUGUCAGCCAAGGAAAGAAGGGAAAUGAAGAAGAAAAAGCUUCCAAGUGACUCAGGGGAUUUAGAAGUGAUCGAGGUAAAGGACAAAGAAAAAGAAAAUACUCUACACAUUGAAACUCAUGCGGAUGCAAGCAAACGUGCCCCGGCCGUGCAGCCAAUGAAACGAGGCCAGAAGAGUAAAAUGAAAAAAAUGAAGGAAAAGUACAAAGACCAAGAUGAAGAAGAACGUGAACUCAUCAUGAAAUUGCUGGGGUCUGCAGGUUCAAACAAAGAAGAAAAAGGGAAGAAGGGGAAGAAAGGAAAAACAAAGGAUGAACCUGUGAAGAAACAGCCCCAGAAACCUAGAGGUGGACCAAGGGCUUCAGAUAGCAUAAAGAAAGAAACUCCCUCCCUUGAGGUUGUAACUCAUGAGUUACAAGACUUGGCUGUAGAUGAUCCACAUGAUGACAAGCAGGAAGAGCAAGAUCUGGAUCAACAACAGGGUAAUGAGGAAAAUCUCUUUGACUCUUUGACUGGGCAGCCACAUCCUGAAGAUGUAUUACUGUUUGCCAUUCCAAUAUGUGCCCCUUACACCACCAUGACAAACUAUAAAUACAAAGUGAAACUUACUCCUGGAGUUCAGAAAAAGGGAAAAGCGGCAAAAACAGCCUUGAAUAGUUUCAUGCAUUCCAAAGAAGCAACAGCAAGAGAAAAAGACUUGUUUCGCAGUGUAAAGGACACGGAUUUAUCAAGAAACAUUCCUGGCAAAGUCAAAGUGUCUGCACCCAAUCUUCUGAAUGUAAAAAGGAAAUAGCUGAAAUGAAAUCCUAAAAUAUUUGAGAAGAGCCAAUUUUAUAGCCUUUUGGAAGUUCAUAGAUGAAAACACCAUGUAACCAGACUUCCGCAUUUAAAAAUGAACUGAACAUUGCCUUGCUAUAUUCGCCAAAAGGACUUGUUUUUUUUCCAGUUUUUUAGAGAGGAAACACUAUGAUAGGACUUCCUAAAAUAUUUGUGGACAGUUAAAUGCUAAUAAUUGUAUACAUCUGUAGUUAUUCUAUGUUUUCUUGAAAUUUGGGAGGUUAAUACUAAGUUUUCAUUUCAUGUUGUAAAGAAGUUGAACAGU